UCUUUCUCCCCAAAUCGUUUCCCACAAAAACUUGGCGGCGGCGGCGGCGCCCACUCCACCCCUUGGCUCCCAUCCAGCUCCACCGCGGCCGUGCUUUUCCCCCCUCCACGGCCUCCUGGGGCGCUCCCCGUCAUGGCCGGUGUUGCAAGGGGGAUGGGGCGGGGUGAUGGCGACGGAGAUGGCAAGCCGUGAACUGUAGGGAUGGCUAUCGUCGCCGGCGUUCGUGGCGCGGGUCGUGCGUCUAUCACCGUCGGUCAAGGCAGAGGGGAUGUGUUCCUUCAUGGCCAACCGAGCAGAUCCGGAGGUAGAGGUCAUGGCAAUGGCAGUGCGGCCAUCCCCGUCGACCGUUCGUCAGGAGGAGGACAAUCCACAGGAUUCACGGAUGACAUCAAUCGGAGCAGAUAUGCCACCGGCGGGGCUCGUUAUGGUGGCAUAAGCAGAGGCCCGGAGGUUCCAUUGCCAAUUCCAACACCAAAGAAAGGUAAUGCAAAUGAUGUAACAAAUAUAUGGUGUCAUGGAAAAUCGUUGGAAGGAAAUGCAUGGUCUUGUUCUUAUUGUGGGGUUGUUAAACUUGGUGGGGGUGCAACCCGAUUCAAGUUGCAUCUAGCAGGACUGGGCUCUGAGUGUUACUCUUGCCUGAGUGCGCCUCAUCAUGUAGUUGCUGUUUUUCGGAAAGGCAUUCCGGAGGGAAUUGAUAGGAGGAGGAAGGCCAAAGAAGGAAAGAAAAGAGUAGUAGAUGAGGUCAACCAUCUGAACAAUCUAGAUACAUCAAUACAUAUUGAUUGUGAAUGAGGACGAUGAGAUACUACGACAGAGCCUACAGAAUUCAUUACAUGAAGAUCAUGGGAGAACUAGUGGUGUUAGAGGAACUGUAGGCAGCUCAGGGGGUGUCAAAGGGAGCAGCUCAGGUGGUGUCAAAGGGAGCAGCUCAGGUGGUGUCAAAGACUUCUUUAAUGUUGAUUUGGCAUAUAGCAGGACUAGGCCGCAGCAGACAAUGGAGGUGUGUAUUAACAAGGCGGAAUAUGAAUCAAGGAUUGGGAAGGCUUGGGCCAAAUGGUUUCACGCUAAUGACAUCCCUGGGCACAAAGCCAAUUGUCCAUAUUUAGAAAGGAGCCGUGAAAUUGACUCAAGACCUUGGCAAAGGGGUGCCUGCCCCUAAAGGAAUAGAUAUUGAUGGAAUUUAUUUGAAUUCCAACUAUGAAGAAUUGCAGCAGUAUGUGGCCAAGUUCAAAGACGAUUGGCCCACCUAUGGUGUUACUAUCAUGUCAGAUUCGUGGACCGGCCCUUCUCGGAUGAGCAUUAUAAACUUUAUGGUGUUCUCCAACAGGCGUAUGUAUUUCCACAAAUCUGUUAAUGCCACUGGACACAUGCAAAACUCUAAGUUUGUUUAUGAGCACAUUAAAGAAGUGGUCGAAGAGAUAGGGCAGGAACAUGUUGUCCAGCUUGUGACCGACAAUGGCUCUAACUUCAAGAAAGCAUGUCUUGAUCUUGUCGUCGAUUUCCCACACAUCACAUGGCAGCCAUGUGCGGCUCACACAAUUAACCUCAUGUUAAAGGAGAUGGGAUGUUUUCCUGAGAUUAAUACAAUGGUCAACAGUUGUAAGAGAAUCUGUAGAUUCAUGUACAAUCAUUCAACUUUGCAUGCUGAAAUGCAGAAGCACAUAGGUGGAGAGUUGGUGUGACCGAAUGCAACAAGGUUUGGAACAAACUUUAUGUUCCUAGAAAGCUUUUGGGAUAAGCAAGAGAAAUUCAAGGUGUGGAUGACAUCUCCCGAGUGGAAAAAUAGUUCAUGGAGUUCCGAGGUUGAUUAUGACUACACAUAUGAUUGUUUGACAAGUAGGAAAUGGUGGGAUGACGUGAAGAUGGUGUUAGAUGUAAUCGGCCCAAUGUAUACAAUACUUCGAUAUGCUGAUUCACAGAAGCUUGGGUCACUUUCUGGAUUUAUGACAAAGAUGAUGCAGGCUAGGCAUCACUUGAGUUCUUCUUUUCCUGAAGAAUCUCUAGACCAACAGAAGUACCCAAAGGUGGUCGACAAAAGGGUCGAGCAUUUAUACCAAAAUACAUUUAUGGUUGCAGGUAAUAGUUCUUGCUGCCAUACUGAUGUUAUUCUUGCUGCCAUAGUACUGCUAUUCCUGCUGUCGUAGUAUUGUCGCUGCCAUAUAGUUCUAUACAACAUGCUAAUUAUUCUUAUUGCUAUCAUACUUAUAUUGUCGCUGCCACGAAGUUCUUGAUGCCCUGCUAUUUUUCCUUGCUGCCAUGGUAAUAGUUCUUGCUCCAUAGUUUUGUUAUCCCUGCUGCCAUAGUAUUGUUGCUGCCA